AUGCUGGGGCUGCUGGCUACGCUGCUCUUCCUGCAUCUCGGGCAUCCCUUGGAGGCUGCCUGCCCUCUAGCCAGCCUGGCUAACUUCAUGACCUCCUCCAGCACCCUGAGCUGGGAGGGGCUGAAUGCUACCUGGCUAGCCUGUGUGAACAUCAGCGGCAGAGACAUCGCGGGGAUCAGGGGCGCUCCCGGCCAGAGGAGCCCCCUGAGGGAGCUGGAUCUCUCCCACAACCACCUCAGCAGCCUGCCCCCGGGGUUCCUCAACCACACCGAGGAGCUGGAGCAUCUCUUCCUUCAAGGCAACCAUCUUCCCGAGCUCCCGCCCGCCUUCUUUGAGAAAACCGGCCGCCUGAAGGAGCUGCGGCUGGAGGGGAACCCGCUGCUCUCUGUGCCCCCGAGCCUGCUCCAGCUCUGCCUGGAGAGCCUCAGCGUGGACUGCCACUGCCAGGUGGCCGGGAGCAUCUCCUCCUAUUGCCAGAGGAACAACUGCACACGGCCCGUCUCCUGCCACUGCUCCUCCCCUCAGGGCCUCCUCAACGCCACGGACUUCUAUGCCCAGCAAUGUCGAGGCUUGCCUGUGGCCGUGUACGUCGCCAUUGCUGUCUCCCUCUUGGCUCUGCUCCUGGGAGCCGCUGUGGUCUACAUCGUGGUCCGGAGGAAGAAGGGGGCCGCCACGGUCCGGGAGAAACGGGAGUCCACCACCUCCAACGGAGCCCAGCCGAGGUACAUCAGCCACGGCGGCCUGCAGGCUGAUCCGGCACAGAGAAAGGGCGGCCAUGCCGAUUACGAGAACGUCUUCAUUGGCCAGGCCCAGGAGGUCAGAGGAGGGAAGCACAAGGAGAGACACAGCAGGAAGCCCCCCAAGAGCAGGUCCCACCAGAAAGCCCAGGAGGCCGAGGCCCCCCCCGGAGAACAGCCGAUCUACGCCAACACUCAGGACGUCUACUACAACUACGUUGGGACCCCGGCCCCCCUGGACGAAGACUUCUAUGUCAUGCCAGACCAGUGA